AAAAUUUCUAGAAGAUUUUUUAUUCUCGAUAAAGAGACUUUCUUAAGAAAAGUUUGUGAUAACUCUUUGGUUCUUGUACUUCUUUACUUUGUAACUUAUUCCCUUACGCCUUCGUAAUAUAUUGAUAACAUGGCACUGUACAACUUCAUGUAUGUGAUGGAGGAUCUGGCCCUGGAGUUUACGGUGAGAAAGGAGCGGCACCAGCGCUUCAUCCACGAUUCUCGCAUGCUGUCCGCGGCCAUUCAGCAGCAGUUGCACAACGAUGGUGCGGUCUUCAAGGACCACCUGGAUCAGCUGCACAAAACGGCCGCCUAUGUGAACAACUUGUACCUGGACAUGCCGCUGAACUUUGAGAUCUUCCUGCCCAUCCGCCUGCCGGUGGCUGUGGUGCCCGCAUUCGAUGAGGAGAGACGCAGUGUGGCCCUCACCAGGGUCAACUAUCGGCACCCGUUCUUCUUCGGCAAUGCGGUGAAUGUCAAGUGCAUGAACCUUCUUCUGCAGAGCGAACUACACUACGCUAUAUCCAAACUCAAGUCUGUGACCUCCUCCUGCACCAAACGGGUCUACGAUCUCAAGUAUUCGGUGCUGAGCUUCAACCAGGUGCCCUUCGUCCACCAGGUGGUGGCCAUAGAGCGCAACAGCAACCGGCAGCGAUUCAUCCGCUUCGAUUUUGUUCUGGCAGUGGAAUUCGAUGGCGCCGAGAUGCCUCUGCCAACGUAUUUCAAGGCGCCCAUGGGCAAUCGAUGGAUCGCCUACGGAAUGGUGACCCCCGAUGGCGAUGAUUCCAAUCCAGAGGAGUGGGCCAUUCUGGUGCCCAAGCGGCAGGACUCGUCGCCGGGCGCCUGCCUGAUCGUCCUGAACAGCAUGAUCCUGCUGUUCCGCCUGCUGAGCGCCCAGCAGUGCCACUGUUUCGCCCUGCCCGCCUCCGUCAAGUUCGCCUUCGUCAUGGCCGCCGAGGAGCGCGGCCUGGACUUCCAGCGGAUGAGCAUCGCGGACCUGAUCGUCACCACCCUGUUCCAUCAGGUGUUCGGCAGCCUGUACCAUCUGGUGGCCAAGAACACCAAGGGCGAUCCGGCCACCAGGGGCAGUCGCCUGAUGGCCAUCCGGAAGCAGCAGCUGCGGGCCAGUGGCAUUUACGCGAUGAUGGCGGAUGCAGUGAUCCGGACGACGAUCACCAGCGACUUCGUUAACGCCUUCUUCUGGAAAAUCCACAUCUCACCGCCGCCCGACUACUUCCAUCAGUCGCUGGUCGAAGCCCGGAACACCGAUGCCGUUUUGAAGCGGAAGAGGAGCACCUCUUAAGGUCCUAAGCCUUCGAAGUUAAAU